CUCAGUCUCAACGUCGGCCUCGGCCAUUCGUCCGCCGUAUUUAAGGCCCACGCAGAUUCGCCGCCCCUUUCGCCGGUAGGGGCGGCCGACUUGUUUUGAUGCAGCUUCGGGGAUGUGAAAAAAGCGGGUCGGAGGGGUGUGUGCGCCUGUGUUUGUGUUUUUCCGGCAUUUAAUUCCGCCCGUCCGCGGCGUUCGGCGGGGAAGAUGUCAGCCGCUGACGGCGCCGAGCAGCUGAACAGGUUCGAGAAGCUGUCAGGGCGGCCUCCUUUCCGGGCGGCAGGCUCUAAGAAGAGAGUCCGCUGGCUGCAGGCUCGCCGCAUCUUCAUCCACUCUUGUCCCAGCCUGCGGAUCCCUAACAGGUUUUUGAGAGAAGGACACCGCACCCCCCCUGCCCGGAGCGGACACCGCUGCGUGGCAGAUAACUCAAGCCUCUACGUGUUUGGUGGGUACAACCCGGAUUACGAUGAGUCGGGCGGCUCGGAGAACGAGGACUACCCGCUGUUCCGGGAGCUCUGGCGGUAUCACUUUGCCAGCGGUUCCUGGCAGCAGAUCCGCACGGAGGGCCACAUGCCCACAGAGCUGGCAUCUAUGUCAGCUGUUCUGCACGGAAACAACCUUCUGGUGUUUGGCGGCACUGGGAUCCCGUUUGGGGAGAACAACGGCAACGAUGUGCAUGUCUGCAACGUGAAGUACAAGCGGUGGUCGCUGCUGAACUGCCGCGGGAAAAAGCCCAACCGGAUUUACGGACAGGCGAUGGUCAUCAUCAACGGCUACCUGUACGUGUUUGGAGGAACCACAGGUUACGUCUACAGCACAGACCUGCACCGGCUGGACCUCACCACCCGCGAGUGGACCCACCUGAAGCCCACCAACCCUCCCGAUGACCUCCCAGAGGAGAGGUACAGGCAUGAAAUCGCACACGAUGGCCAGCGGAUUUACAUCCUGGGCGGGGGCACCUCCUGGACCUCCUACCCUUUAGACAAGAUACACGCAUACAACCUAGAGACAAACUCGUGGGAGGAGAUCACCACGAGGCCGCAUGAAAAAAUAGGGUUCCCAGCUGCGAGACGGUGCCACAGCUGUGUACAGAUUAAGAGCGAUGUAUAUGUGUGUGGUGGUUACAACGGGGAGGUGAUCCUAGCCGACCUGUGGAAGAUCAGCCUGCAAACGUUCCAGUGGACACGGCUGCCCGCGGUGAUGCCCGAGCCAGCCUACUUCCACUGCGCUGCUGUGACCCCGGCGGGCUGCAUGUACAUCCAUGGCGGCGUGGUGAACAUCCACGAGAACAAGCGCACUGGCUCCCUUUUCAGAAUCUGGCUGGUGGUGCCCAGCCUGCUGGAGCUCUGCUGGGAACAGCUACUGCGGAGCUUCCCUCAGCUGGCCCUGCUGCCACCCAUGCAGCUGCUGAACCUGGGCCUCACGCAGGAACUCAUCGAGCGCUUGAAAUAGUGAACGGGGAGACCCAGGAGGCCUGGGGUGGCCCACUUUCGGCACCGAGGAGCACGGAUGAGGCGGUCUGGUGGAUGCGGAUCGCUGGACUUGAGCGGGGGGCUCUUUGAGGGCUCCUCCAACAUAGCCCCCGCCUUAAAACCAAAUCAUCAGAUGCCUUUGUGUGUUUUGGGUUUUUUUUUUUUUUUUUUGCGGCAGUUUAAAUUAUAUAUAUUUUUAAAGCCAGGUGGAAAAUUUGUCUUAGAGCCGUCACGCCGAGCGCACACAUGGAGGACAUUGAAACAAUGCCGUCAUCUCCCUGGAGUUUGCAUGCGUGCAUCGCGCAGUACGUAGUGUAUGCUAAAUAGGAAUGUACAGUCACACUUUAAUCCCACUUUUAUUUGCUUUUAUGGCAAUCUUUUUUCCCCUUGCUUUCAUUUUCUUUACGCCUUUCUUGUACAUAAUCUUGCUGUUUUGUUUAAAAAGUUGCGUUGGCUUUUUUGCGGCCAUAUUCUCCACUGCAAAUUUCCUGUUGGACAUGAAGAUGCAUUCAUGCAUUCACAUUUGCUCUGUUUUACAAUAGAAAUUUCCUUUUGCAGGGUUUUUAAUGGCAGUGGGUAAAAGCAAUGGGGAAAGCGGGUUUUCUCUCUUGCUUAUUCCGCACUGGAUUACUGGCUUAUUCUGGUUCUGUCCAGGCGAAUGGCAGAGAGGGCCGCUGAUGGCGGGGGGGCCAUCAAUUGUCUCCCAGAAGCCAUUCCCCACUGGUCCCAGUCCUCAUCUAGAACCAGUUUGACCAAAUAAUUACAUCACUGUGAAUCUGGGUGCAUCUUACUCUCUCCUUAAAAUGUUAUGUUUAAAUAAAAGUCAGCCCUUAAGUCUUAAA